GGAUGGCGCAAUGACACACCAGGAUUUAAAUUUGUUUCGUCCAGCAGUCGUCGCUAAAACUCCAGGUUUUCUUUGCCAAAUCAAUCCCACAAUCCCCGCACACCGGCGGUGUAUUCAUUUGAAUGGAACAACUGUGAAACGCUAGCUAACCUGCAGGAGUAGCUCUUCUUGAGUUUAACCAGUUUUUCACGUUUGGGAUUUACACAACUGUGGAGACCUGAUGACACUUCACAAAAUGAAUCGUGUUCCUUAUUGUGGCAGCUGGUAAGCAUGUCCGGCAACGGGAAGUCUUUAACGUCAACCAGAAUAAAUCCAAUGGCUUUCUGCGUUCCUGCCUGCAUCUUUCUGUUGAAAAGAACAUGAAGCAGGUGGAUAUUAUAAAUAAGGAAGAAUUAGAUAAAGAAAGAUUUCAAGUCCAUUACGGAGUACACAGCCCAGGCAAAGGGAAGCGAUUGUCAUCUGUCAAGAGGAAGGGUUAUCCAGCGGUGGAGGUGGGCUUAAAGCUGCACCGCAAAACAUCAGAUGUAGACCGUGACCGUGUCCGCGGCAUGGCCAACAAAGAAAAUGAGCUGACGUGCUCCGAUGAUGUGCGGGGCAUGCACUACAAUGACAACUGCGGGCUCCCUGUGAACUCUGCGGAGGCCUCCAAGAUGGCAGGGGCCAGCUCCAAGUACGGUGACUUUACUGAGCUGUCAAAGGACCAUGAAGCUAUGACUCGCGUACUCUUUGGAAGGAAUCUGCGACUAAAAGUAGCCCAAACACUAUGGCGAAGAAACGCCAGUGAAUUAGUGGCCUACCUAAUAAGAAUUCAAGACACAGGGGUGCUGCUUGACUGCUUACCUGUCUUAACAAACAACCUUCAAACUGAAGCACCAUGUUUGUCACUUGGCUGCUGUGUUGACCUCAUGCCCCAAGUGAGAGUGAUUCUUGCCAGUAAAUAUGAAGAACACAUAACGGUGGGUUUACACUGGGUUCAAUCCGUCAUCAGGAAGUGGUGGCCAGAACUUUCUAAGAAUGAGAAAAGACUGCGGGACAGUCAUUCAGAAGACAGGAAUAUUGAAGUCAUGAAGCAGCGGCUGAAGGACUUGUGGAAGGAAGGAGCACGGUUGUGUUUGGUUCCAGGAUCUACGGGAGAAGUGGCAAAGAAUCCAACCACGAAAGAGCCAAUGUACUGUAUUAGUUGCCAUCGAGGCUUAUCUAUCACAGCUGCCCUGACAGUUGUCAAUGUAGCACUCUGAGGAUGUGACCACUACUGCCGGAUCACGGCUACGUGAUAAUUAUGCCAGAGGAAUGGACUGGUUCAUUCUGCCACUUAAACUCAAACCUCUUACUGGGACUGAACUUGACAAUUCAGACAACUCCCUCAGUUAGAGCUGGAGACUCUUUAAGGAGGGCUGAGAGAGCCUUUCUGCAAAAAAAAAAAAAAAAAAAAAACAGCAAAUGACUGCUUCACAUUGAAGUGGACUGUCUUGUGAAGGGGCAUGUUUAGUGGACCUCCAUGAGACUGGGUGUACUGUCGCUCUAUGAAGUGCCAAGCUCUUUGUCUCUUACUACACCAUUCUUUGCCAUUGAAUGCAAAUGCACUUGUGGAUGUAAUGAAUGCUCCGCUGUUUUGAUGUUUUGCGUCUGGGUUCUCCGGAAUCAGGAACUUGAAUCUGCAACAGUCUUAAGUUAUUAGAGCUUUUCUUGUUUUCAUUUUGCCUCUUCAUAUGACAUUUGACUGUAUAAUGUAAUAUGUAAAAACAAGUGAUUCUUUUAAUCUUUUAAAUAAAUUUGAAGAAAAUCAAA